AUGGCCGCGUCCACCCUGUCCGUCUGCUCCAGCGACCAGAGCUACGGCAGCCGCGUCUGCCUGCCCGGCUCCUGUGACGCCUGCCCCGACUCCUGGCAGGUGGACGACUGCCCAGAGAGCUGCUGCGAGCCCCCCUGCUGUGCCCCCACCUGCUGUGCCCCCUCCUGCUGUGAUUCCAGCUGCUGUGCCCCCACCUGCUGUGUCCCCACUUGCUGUGCCCCCUCCUGCUGUGCCCCCACCUGCUGUGCCCCCUCCUGCUGUGACCCCAGCUGCUGUGCCCCCUCCUGCCUGACCCUCAUCUGCACCCCUGCGAGCUGCGGGUCCAGCCCCUGCCAGUCAGCCUGCACCAGCUGCUGCCAGCCCUCCUGCUGCAGCUCCUCCCCCUGCCAGGAAGACUGCUGUGUGUCUGUCUGCUGCAAGCCCGUCUGCUGCACCCCUGUCUGCUGCAAGCCCGUCUGCUGCACCCCUGUCUGCUGCACCCCUGUCUGUUGCACCCCUGUCUGCUGCAAGCCCGUCUGCUGCACCCCUGUCUGCUGCCAGGCCUCCCCCUGCUCAGCCUCCUCAUGCUGCCAGCAGUCUAGCUGCCAGCCCUCCUGCUGCAGCUCCUCCCCCUGCCAGGAAGACUGCUGCCAGCCUGUCUGCUGCACCCCUGUCUGCUGCAAGCCCGUCUGCUGCACCCCGGUCUGCUGCAAGCCCGUCUGCUGCACCCCUGUCUGCUGCAAGCCCGUCUGCUGCACCCCGCCCAGCCCCUGCUCCUCGUCUUGCUGCAGACCGUCCUCCUGCGUGUCCCUGCUCUGCCGCCCCGUGUGCAGGCCCGCCUGCUGCGUGCCCGCCUCCUCCUGCUGUGCCCCCACCUCCUCUUGCCAGCCCAGCUGCUGCCGCCGGGCCUCCUGCGUGUCCCUGCUCUGCCGCCCUGUGGGCUCCCUCCAGGCCUGCUGUGUGCCCGCCUCAGCCCAGAAGUCCUGCUGCUGA